CAAAACAAAGCCUAACCGAAUCCAAACGGCCCGCUCGUCACAACCCACAACUCGACUUCCCUUCACAAACAGGGCAGCCUGCGGUUUCCUCCGAGUAUCAAGCUUUUGACCAAGUUCAAUUCCCCUUCUCCCAAUGGCAUACUAACCCAGUAGCACACUUCCCCCAAUUCUUACCCUUCUUUUUCUCCAUUGCCGUCCCUCGUUCCGACAUUGUUUACUUUCUUUCUACCUGCCCGCGACAAACAAUUUCCUGCGACAAUGGCGAUGCGAGGAGGACCGCGUCUCCAGGUUGGCUCGGCCGCCUGGGUUGCGGAAGAGAGGGACUCAGCUUUGAGUAUCGCGCAGUCGGAGAUCGAGGAGUUCUCAUUCUCAGCGCGCAAUGAGAUUGACUGGCUCAACGAGCACAUGGCCGAGAUAUUUUCCGAGAACCAAAUGAACGUCGCCGAACUCUUUAAGACACCCGGGAAGCUUCGCGGGAAGACACCGCGCACAGCAAGGAAAGCGCCGCCCAGUAGCCUGCGAAUGCCGCUCUCCAACAUGUUCUCCGCGACGCCCAGCGGGGCGCCGAACCCCUUCACAAUGCAGAAUCUUUCCGCGCCCCGAAGCCCUAGGAUCAGAGUGGCUGAGGAUAGGCCCGAGUCCCCAGUAUCUCGUCCCGAGAGCCCGGCAAAACCAGCUGUGAUGCACCCUCCACACCAGGUGGAGCCCAAGGCUCCCAUUUCUCUCGGCGACUCGGGCUACCAUGGCAGCCAAUCCCAGGAUACCAUGCCCUUUGAUCACUUUGACAAGGACAUCGAGAUGUCGGACAGUCCUCAGCGAGAUCUCCGGACUUCCGACUCUGUCUUCCCGCUUACCAGCGAGCCGGCGGAACAGGGAAGCCCGUCAGCGGCCCCUGCUAGCGAACCAUUUCAACCAGCAGACAACGACCAUGCGAUGGAAGAGACCGCCGGCGUGGCAAGGAAUGUCGCCCCAACCCCUUCAUCAGCCAUCCUUCAACCAAGCAGCCCAUUUGCCAGCCGGACGCGGUUGCCCGUCAUGUCGCCGAGGUCCCCCUCGCCCCAGAAGAUGUCAUCUCCGCCCAGACAAACCGCGCAGAAACUAUCUUCACCUCAGAAGCCACCUUCACCUCAAAAGUCAUCUUCGCCGCAGAGAAGAGGUGCCAACUCGCAAAAAGGAUUUCCCAAUGCUGUCGAUGACAUCGUGGACAAACACGUUGAUGACGGAGAUGAUGAGGAUGAUGAGGUCGGGUCACCAUCCGAGGCGUCGAGCCCGGUUAGACCUGUUGUGCGCAAGAGCAGUCUGAACUUCGCCUCCUUGCCGGCCCGUGAACCGUUGACUUCCAAGAAGAGUCUCGGCGGAGCCCGCAUAUCUAGGACAAGUCACCUUGACUUUAAUCGGCAAAGCUACUACAACCGCCAGACGGGGGACAAGAGCCUGGGCAACGGCAUGCGGCAGGGGAGUUCGGAAAGCGACCACGACGAAAUGGACGUUGAUGACGACAUCACAACCCAAAACGACGAUGCGGCAGCUUACAGCAAGACGUAUACGCAACGCCUGCAAGACCAGAUCAGCAUGCUCGGGAAGGGCCAGUCAAUGGGCCCCAGGCCUUCGAAAUCCUUAGCAAACUUGUUCCCCUCGCAACAGAGCGCGCCAACCUCACAAACGCAGUCCCAGGUCGAGCCUGCUUCGGAGGCCAGAAAGCCAUCCCCAGAACUGAAAAACUCGGUUUCAACUCCUGGGGCGUUCCCUGGGGACGACGAGGACGAUUGGAUUGCCUCCCCUAGGACCGCGGCAGCACCCACCAACCCCAAGCCUGCGCCCGCCAGCGCAAAUGUUCAGGAAGAAGAACAGUUUGGCAGAGGAAACGAAGCAAGCCCCGAACUCGGGUUCUCGAAGGGCAAGCCGGAUACGCCAAGCAAAAGCCCUUACAUGUCCGAACGGACACCAAAGCACGCCAAGUCCGCUUCUGUUCCAGUGCUUCCCACCAUGGAUCAACUUGACUCGGAAAUGGAGGGCAGUCCCCUGAAAAAGACUACUUCGGUCUCGAACCUGGCGCUUGCCAGUGUAGCGGAGGAUGAUUUUGCCUCAUCGCCCCCGAAAUCACCCACGAGAGCAUUCAACAGCCCGCUGAAGCAGGUUAAGAACAAGCUGUCGUCGCUCUUGAAGAGCUCCAAGGGCUUGAUCGUAAGCAGCGCGGCAAUCAGUGCCGAGGGCAAAUCAUCAUUGCUACAGUCCCCUUCGACAACAAGGCUCGGGUACCACCAGGAAGCCUCCGUCGAGUCCUUCAAGACCGCGGAUAACGUCGUGUACCCCGAUUUGUCUCAACAAGUGUCCGCCACUUCUGCACCCCUUAGUCCAGUACGAAGCAACAGCUCGCGGAGAACCCGGGCCUCGGCCGAGAGGGAGAGGGCAGAGGCCAAGGAACGAGAGAAGGAGGAGCGGGAACGGGAGAGGGAGAAGGAGAAGGAAGUCAAGGAAGCAAAGCGGAUGGCCGAGCAAAUGGAUAAGCUUGAAAAGGCCCGGGAAAAGGAAAGGGAGAAGGCCCGGGUCUUCAGCAAGGAGCAAGAGAAGAUCGCGGCCAUGGAGAAACAGGUGACUUCUCAGAAGGAGCCGGCGAGACCAGCGCAAGCCCAGCCGCAACAACAAGACUUCCGGACGCCAGGACCGCCACCCAAGAAUGCUCCCCGAAGUCCGACAAAAGCGCCGAGGCCUACUCCACUGAAAACAAAGGGGCUUUCGGAACAGGAGGCGAGGCACAGAGCGGCUCCUUCGGAUGAGCCGGACACGGAGAUGACAGAUGCCACCACCACCACCAUACCACCGCCGUCUAUCCCCCGCCCGACCACAGCCUCGUCCAUCAGGACUCAAAAACGGCCUAUGAAGCCGACGAAAGAGGCGCUCGCCAAGGCCAAACAAGGGCCUACCUUGAUCCGGGUCAACCCUCUCAGCUCCCAGCAAAAUCAAUUCCACCCUUCAAACAGUGUCCUCGCUGCGAACCUCCAAGACACUCUGGGUCAACAGCCCGGUUCUGCGAGGCCGCUCAACGGCAAAGCGAGCCAGGCCUCGCUUCACGGCAAAGGGUCGGUGCACAGUCUCAAGAGCUCCAUUUCUUCCACGGGCCGUCCCAAGGCGUUGGAAAUGGCGGCUAAGCGGAAAGAGCAAGAGGAGCGCGAGGCUCAGCGCAAGCGCGAUACUAAACAGAAGCUGGAGCGCAAGAGGGCUGCCCAGGAGGAGGAGCGCAGGCAGGAACAUCAGCGAAGGGCCGAAGCAGAGCGGCAGAAAGAGGAGGAGAGGGAGGCCGCUCAGAAGAGGGCUGCUAUCGAGAGAGCCAAGCUAACCAAGGCACCUCCUCCGGCUGCUAGGUCGCAGCCGAACGGUCCUCCGGAAUACAGCAUGGCCGAGAAGGGCACCCUCAGGCCCCCCUCGCGACUAGGUUCUACAAUGCAUCAGGAAGGCCGGCUUGUGAACACUGUUUUGUCGAGCACAGCCAAGGGCCCCUCGAAGCGGCCGCUGCAGGAUGCUGGCGAGGAGAGCUCUAGGUCUCAACAACAGCUGCCUGUGCCAUCGUAUCAGUCCAAGGAGGCGAAGCGGAUGCGCAUGAGCGAGGAGUUUGACGAGGACCUCGACAUGAUGGACAGUCACAACCCACGGAUCAUCAAGGGCCCGCCAGUGAGGCCCUCGGGAGGGUUCAAGAAGGUAAGCGCACCUCGACCUCAAACCACCCAACAACGGGGUGCUAACUGUAUCCCUCAGGAUCUGCAGCCCAAGUCCAUGUACGGCAACGGCUACCCCCAUGCGCCGCCGCCGAGUGCGACCAAGGACCUCUUCAAGGCCACCGUGACUGCGCAACACAACAGCCACUCCAAGACGACGCACCCGCUCGACAUGGCGCAGGUCUCCAAGAGCGCCAUCCCGUUCGCGCAGAACCCCAACUCCCACCACCACAAGACUCCCGGCCGGCCCGUCGGCGGCGCCAUCCCGAAAUCCGCCAAGUCGGUCGCCCGCUCGUCGCCCCGCGCACCAAACGGCGAGGCGAUCGAGCUGCCGGACAUCCAGACGGACGACGACAGCGACGAGGACGAGGCGCACGGCCCCAUCGCCGACUGGGCCAACUCGCCGGCGCUGCACAAGGCGCUGAUCCGGCAGGAGCAGAUCGACCCGAUGAAGGUGUUUGGCGCGCCCGGCCCGCUCAAUAUGGAGGAGGUGUUCAGCAGGAACAAGGACCGGUUCCACAAGUUCCGGGCGCGCACCAGCAGCGCCAACUGGAGCGGGACGGACCGGCUGACGGAGGAGGAGGUUAGGAAGGAUGCGGCGGCGAGGGAUAAGAUGCGGAGGGAGGGGGGUUGGAGUUAUGAGUUGGGGAGGGAUUUGUCUUGAAUGAAGAAGGGUUUUAUUUUUAUUUUUGAUUGAGGGUGGGGGUUUAUGUUCUUUUUCUUGAGAAGCUUGGUUGUGUUUUCUGUUUAGCUGUGGUUAUGAGGGGGUUGUUGAGCUUUUCUGUACUUGACUUUGGGUGUGUUGGAGUACUAUGCUUGGUUUGGAGUGGGGUCAGUCAUUGCGAGGCGAUAGACUUGGGUGGUUUAUGCUGGGCGUUUAUUGCGGGAUUUGCGAUUGGGGAGGAGACUGUUAGCAUUUUCAGCUGGUGGAUGGAUGGAUGGAUGGGCAGGUUCAUUGCGAAU